AUGAUGGCUAUUAUCACGGAACAACAUAAGGAGUGCAGUACCUAUGCCAUUACGCUACCAAAAGCUAUCAGUCCCCAGAGUAUCGGAUUGCCGAAACUGGGCCCAAGAGCUCAAGCCAAAUUAGACCGCCUUACUUUCCGAGAGCCAGGCGAUGAAUCGGCCAAGAAACGGAAGAAGGAACGCCUUGAAAAAGAACUUUCUCAACUGAAGGCAGAGGAAGAUGAUUCAAAAGAAAAACUGGAUGAAAUGCGAAACAGAUACUUACCUCGUACCGAAGUGGAGGAAGUGGAACUAUUCCUCAUAAGCAUCAACAUGAAGGUGAAAGACAUGAAUGACGAAACUCAAAAACUGUGCAACGAUGUUGGAAAGCAAGUUGAUGAGACGAAGCGGGCACUGGUCCAAGCCUUGGCUCCUAGAUUAGUCGUGGAUCCACAAAACGUCCGAGCCUCCAGGAAUUUGAAAAAGAAGAAGGAAAAACUCAUCAAGCUCCAAAGGGAUUAUGAUAUUUCAAAGCUGAGAUUGAUGAUAUGCGAUUAUGAGAUUUUGGAUCUUGAGACUAAGAUCACGAGAGCAGGAAGGCGCGAGGAGCAGCUUGAGGAACUCAUCGGCUCACCCACUGAUAAACACGCUUUCAAUUUCAGCUCUGAUUCUAGCAAAGGAGCAUCAGAGUCUGACCAUCCUCUGACACGGAAAAUGCAAACACAGACUGUGGAUAUCACAGCCGAAGAUGGAAGCAUGGAAUCCACAGCAGAUGAGAACAUUGAAAAUACAGAAAAGCCAGAAAACUUGAAUACCAAAGCUAUAGGUCCAGUAGCAGUAGCAGAAACAAUCAACAGGGUCAAUGCGGACGCAAGCUCCAACUCAGAUAACCCAUCAGAGGUCACACCGCAUACGAACAUCGGAGAGAACCCGGAGACACAAAAAGAGGCGCAAAAGGAAGCAAAUCAGCGUGCCAAGGAUCUACGUCAGAAGCAACAGCGCAUGAAACGCAAAGCUGAUAAACACGAAAACCGGCCCAGUAAGGUCAAAGAAGCGAGAAAAAGGUGCAUAAAAGAUCAUGACUCUAACAAGGAGCGUUUGACAAAACUCGAAGAGGAAAUCAAGUCAUUAAAUGUUUCGAAUGAGAAGGACAAGGGUGGACUUGACGUAGAAGGCGAAACUGACCGAAUAUGGCAAGCAAAAAAGUACAAAGACCAUAUACUAGAUGUGGAGGACUUGGUAAGGCAAAAGAACCGGGAAAAAUCGUUGGAAAAGUUACGCAAAGGGUAUAUUAACAGCAGUAGAACUGUCAGGAUAAGACUAAACCUAAGCGCAUGGAUCAGCUACAGCGAUAUUUGGGAGUCGGACUCCGAAGAAGAAAGCGAGGACAAGCACCUUCAGUCCCUUAGAAAAGUCCUUGACGAGGUGGAAGCCAUAGAGGAGAAGAUACGCAAUAUUCGAAGACUAAACGAGAAAGUGGACAAUGUGGCGGACAAGCGAAUAGUUCUUGAAAGAGAGCUUGACUUGGAGACUAAGUGGCUUGCUACUCGAGAUAAAGCGGCGGCAUCAGUCGAGAGAGAAGACCCCGUGGUCCAGGAGGUCAGGGAUCAUUUCUCUAGCUCUACACCAUCCGGCUUCUACAAGCCUCUUGAAGAAGGACAGAUCAGGCUGUUGGUCGUGUGGCCCGCCCCAGCCGACCAUUAUCCUCUCUUGUGUACCCUCGAAACAUCUACAUUUGGUGAAGCACCAAAAUACGCUGCUCUUUCCUACAACUGGGGCUCGGACCUCUGCAAUGGGAGGUUAUAUCUCGUCAAAGAUAACGCAGCAAGGAACACAGAGAAAGACAGCUGGGGUUUGACAGCGCGGUAUGCCGUGCGCAUCCCGAUUCGCAACAACCUUUUCCGGGCAUUGCUUCGACUUCGAAGAUCGGACCAUGCUAUAUCUAUCUGGGUCGAUGUUAUGUGCAUCAACCAGGCUGAUGUAACAGAAAAGACAAAGCAGCUUGAACAACUAGUCAAUAUUUACCGAAAGGCCGAGAACGAAAAUCGAAGCACAGCCGCAAUGGAAUUUAUUCCAGCUAUUAUGGGUUUUGCGGUCCUAGACAGGUAUGCUCAAGACCCCAGCCAGGCUGAGAAAUGGUAUGGUCUCGCGGAGCUUAUGAGAGAUCGGUGGUUUUCACGACGUUGGGCUACCAUUCACUGCGGCGGCAAAGAAACCAUUAAGAAGUUAUUCAAUUAUUCAAAAUGGAGAGACGGCCCAAACACUCUUGGCGACAUCCACUCAUUUGGGGCUUGUAUCCUCCUUGAAGCCACAAGCAAGUUGUUUCUUCGGACGGCACAGGGUGAAAUUACGAGCCCGAUCAAAAAGCUCGAAUCAUUGGACCUCAUUUACAUUCUGGUGUCUAUCGCCUCUGACACUCCUCAAGCUCGAGAAAUAUACGCUAACAAACAGCAUGAGGUUGUCCCACUCGUUGUUGACUACGCAAAACCGCCGCUUAGGGUAUAUAAAGACUUUGUCAAAUUUUGCAUUAUGUCUUCAAAAUCUUUGGAUGUUUUAUGUCGCCCCUGGGCAAUGCCGCCUAGGAGGUCGGUUGCAACGGAGAAUGAAGCAAUCGACCUACCUUCUUGGAUCCCUUUGCUGUCUCGUGGUAGAAAGAAUGGAGAAAAUCUGGUCGGUGCUGUUGAUCGACCAAACUACAAAGCAUGCGCCGAAGCCAAGUAUAAUGCUCAGCUCUCAAACGAACCGCUAGAAGACUUGAAAUUUCUUCUCGUGGAUGGCUUCAAGCUAGCCAGGAUUGGGAAAGUAUCAUCCAGAAUCGCCGGAGGCGUUAUCCACCGAGACUCGUUGACAAUGGGAGGCGUUCCAGACGCAAUCUGGCGAACGCUCGUGGCUGAUAGGGACCAAGACGGGCAGAUACCUCCAACUUGGUACCAACGAGCAUGUAUGAGGUGCCUCGAGAUUGCAGACACUUUCAACAAUGGUAAUCUCAACAUCGGUGAAUUGUUGAAAGGCAAAUCUGAGCUUAUACGCAAAUAUCUCAUCCGUGUCCGUUCUGUGACGUGGAAUAGACGCUUCUUCGCGGCCUCUACGGAGAACGAGUCUCAUAGCAUGAUCACGACACAGACUCCCAACGAGGAGGCCAUGCAUGAGGGCGGGCAAACUUUUACUGAAGCAACCACGGCCAGUGGCCAUCAUACAGAUGGGAGGACAGAGCUGUUCCGCGUGCCUGUUAUUCUCCGUCAGGAAGGUGGGUGCAUGAGAUUGAUCGGAGAAACUUAUGUCCAUGGGAAGAUGGAAGGAGAAGCCAUGGAAGACCUGGAGAGACGGAAUAUCUACGGCGAGAAAGUCACGUUCAAAUUGAAGUAA